GAGGGUCAGGACAGCAGAGCUGGACUUCGCCUAGAGCCGGACCACUAAUGUUUGAUCAAGGACGUGAUGGCCAAGGUGGAAUCUGCAAAACCCAGUAUUGCACAAGGUGGGGCCGAUCUUUGCUCAGCUCGGGGCCAAGUCUAAUAGGGACCUUUUCGUGCUUUUGAGGAUCUAAUAGAGACCAGGAGGGCUCAAAGAUCUCAAGGGUGGGGCCGCCGCGAUGGAGGAGGGACCUGGCCACGCGUGCUCCGCCCCACCGCGAGGCGUCUGUUGCUCACGCAGGAAAGUAAAUAAGUACGCGCGUGCGCACGGCGCGCGCGCGCGGGUUGUAGAGUAUCUGUGCUCUGUGCGUCCCGGCAAAUGGGCUCCCGGGUCUAGCCGCCCCGGGCGCUGUCACCGGUGACUGCGCCGAGGCCCGCGAGGAGGGGUCGCCGCUGAGAUCUCCGCCGCGCCCGGGCCCUGAAGCAUGGCAGCCAUCCCUUCCAGCGGCUCGCUCGUAGCUACCCACGACUACUAUCGGCGACGCCUGGGCUCCUCGUCCAGCAACAGCUCCUGCGGGAGUACCGAGUGCCCGGGGGACGCGGUGCCCCACUCCCCGGGUCUCCCCAAGGCCGACCCCGGCCACUGGUGGGCUAGCUUCUUUUUUGGGAAGACCACACUCCCAAUCAUGGCCACAGUGUUGGAAUCUGCUGAGCACCCGACAAAACCCCUCCAGGCCCCCAGAAGCCCGAUCACUCGUGACCUGCCUCCUGAAACUAUGCAGCAGCCAGUCAACCAUCCUGGCCAGGCUAACACCAGGGCCUCAUCCUGAUCUGGUAGAAUCACCAGCCAGCCCAAACUUAAGUGAAAUUAGGCCAGAAUCCCACCCACCCACCUCA